GCGGAUUUCUAUCGGAGAUCAGAGAAGGCCAGAGACGAAGUAGAAUAAACAACCCUAAGAACUACACGGUAGGAUCAGGUGGAAUAAACAAUCCUAAGAACUACAACCCUAGCUGCAAAGGAGAAAAGGACCCUAGCGAAGCAGGACGAUCAGGAGAAAACGGCAACGACUCUCGCGACGACUCUGGACGAGGAGGCAACCUUGCAGGCAACAACAACAUUAGAGUACUGAAUCUAUGUGCUAUUUUUGGACCUAUGCGCAUAGGUGGAGACCAGUGGUUCGAGGGUGAGACGAAAGACACUUAUCCCAGGA